AUAUUGACAACUCUCAUCUAUCCUUUAGCAUUUCGCUCUGUCUCUAUCGUUCAUAUAUUUUAAAUCCUUCCCGAAGUUUCACUUUCUCUGCCGCCUUCUUGCAGAGUAACUUUCGUGUGACUUCAUUGAAAGGCGGAACGGCUCCAUACAGUGUGCGGAAAGAUUAGACUUCUGUUAAGAGGUCUGCAUCUUGGCCCAACACGCCUUUCGAACCGAUGUACGAUCGGUACACGCCCGCGCGUUCAGGCAGGGACGAAUACUCUAGUACCUAUAGACCAGAUACAUGGCGACAUCCUCGUUCGUAUUAUGAGAGGACGCCAUCACCAGAGCAUUAUCCUCGUCAGCGCUCGGAGACAUGGUCUCACUCAGAUACAUGGCGUGGAUCUGAACCUUCAGCAUGGGCUGAGAGACGCUCACCUCAGUAUUCUACGUUCGAAGAAUCGUCCUCGCGAGGUAGACGCGACAUACCAUCAGAGAGAUUGUUUGAACCUUCAGACAACUGGAAGCAAUCUCACGGAAGUAGUAUGUUAGAGAGCCCUGUGGACGAUCGAGUACGCGAUUGGCCCCAGGAUUCUCACAUCCUUCCUCCACGCGAACGUUCUUCAGAUGCAGUUGCACCACGCGAGCCCUACCCUGCUCCAUACUAUUCGGAAACUCGUUAUAGACCAUAUUCCCCCACUUCGGAAUAUAGAGAACCGUAUCCUCCACCUCCACCUCCUGCAAACCACCGGUAUGAUUCUUAUCGACCUUCAUACCCUGAACGUGGAACCGCUUGGAUACCUCAUAGUCCUGUGGAAUCUCGCGCUAGCCACCUCGAACCUCGUCGUGAACGUUCCUUCACGCAUCCCAUGCCCCCAAAUGCACGAUCGGAAAGCUUUGAUCGUAGCUAUGCUACUCAUGAGAGAUCUUUCAGUGCUGGUUCACCUCCUGAUGUAGGGUCUACGUCGCCGGGGUAUCGUGGCUCUAUAUCAGGUGUCAGGGCCCCAGUGAAAGUCAACCAUGAUAUCUACGAGGAUCAAGCUGACUAUGUGCGCCCGUCUCCAACUGGAUCGACAUUUCCAAGCCACCAAAUGCUCAGAUCUCGCUCUUCGUCGCGCUCUUCGGAGUUUAGAAAGCCUCCGCGUUUGGAGGUAUCUAUUCCGAAUGGCUCUUUUGCUCUCUCGGAUGUUGCAGAUUUCAGCGCAGAAGUUGACAGGCACACCGACUUCCGGAAUCGUAUGCCUGCUCGUUCUCCUGAUCAGGAGGAGUCUGUUGGGAGCCGGAAACCUCCUUCACCUACUGCGCUACUCAGAGAAAGGUCACCGCGGUCCGACGUACAUGACGAGUCUCGACAAUCGCCUACUUUUUACCAGCGUUCUCCGCAAUUAUCAACGAAUCAAACUUUACCGCAGCGAGAGUCGACACCUUUAGGAACAAUGGAGAGAAGUCCGCCUAUAACACCACCUCCAAUGUCGAAGUCCCCCUCACCAAAUCUUAACGAUGUAUCCUUAGUUCUGCUGGAGGAACCUGGAGGUCAAGUUGAAGAGGCACCUUUGACAUCUCUGAAUGCGGGGGACCUGUCUCAGGGACCACCUCCGAUCACUCCCUUUGCUGUCACUAUGGAUCAUGCUAAAUCUCCCCGAGAGGCCAAUCAUAACCUACCUGCGCCCUCCGUAGGGCUUACUCCACCAGAAAGUCGAACGCAUAUGCAUACACCCUUCGAGACGCUGGCAGUCGAGACUCCGCCAUCCGAAAGUCAACGACCUCCAAGUCAAGUGGUUCCUACAAGGGUGCUCCAUCAGCCUGUGGAGAACGAAAAGUCACUUCAUGAAGCACUGCAGAUGAUAGUAAUGAUGCGCCUUCGUUGCGAUCGUCAGACACGUGAAGAACGCGUGGAUCCUGUGCUACUUGCAAAUAGGUCGAUAGCCGAACCUCCUCGCCCUUACAAGCCAGACUCCCUCCUGAGGUCUGACUCUGCGGUAGUGCAGGAGAUUGUCGAAGGUCCUUCUCGUAAAUUCUUGGAAAAUUCUUACGCAGAACACAAGCCUUCUCUUGAAGUUCGCUUUGCCCAGCGUCAGGCGGACUUGAACGAAAAAUUACAACGUAUACGUGAGGAGUACCUGUCGUUGCAUGAACGUUGGUUGGUUCAUUGUGCCAAGUUGGAUGAGGUUGCCAAGGCCGGUGCUCUGGAAGAAGCCGCGGCGACUGCUGGGAGGACCACUCGGAGAUCCACGACAACAUUAGGUGACGCCGUUCGCUCAGAUCUGGAGAUGGAGCAGAUCAUCGCUAGCCUGGGAAACGAGGAACUCACGGAUGCGACUCAUCUUGGUGCUCGAAACGCUGCGGUGAUUCCAGAUAUGGUAUCUGCCACUAAAGGUGAUAUCGAGUAUAUCUAUGAUGACACCAACAACGAAGUGCUCGACCCUAGGACCUUCUUUGCUCCACGCACUGGUUUCAAAGAUUGGACAGAAGAAGAGAAGAAAAUCUUCUUGGAGAAGUAUGCACAGUAUCCCAAGCAAUUCGGUAUCAUUGCAGACUUCCUUCCGGACAAAACUCCAGCGCAAUGCGUAACUUAUUACUAUUUGCACAAGAAGAAACACAUCGACUUCCGGAAGGUGGUGUCGAGUUACACUGUAGGCAAACGACGUCGCGGUGGUCGUCGAGCACCCAAAAAGCGAGGAAACGCAUUGUUGUCGGAUAUUUUGAAAAGAGAUGCGGAGGUGUCCAGGGAGCCUACACCGACAACGUCUGCUGGAAGACGGACGAAGCCCGUAGUAGCUACGACAGGAGAGGGCAAGAAGCCUGUUGGUCGGCGGCAAACAUCUCAUUUGGAGGACACACCCACGCCUACUUCAACACCUGAUCCGGAAGGCGAAACUCGAAGAAAACGACGUCGAGUUACUACCGCUCGUGCACAAGCAGCUCUCGAGCAGGAGGCUGUAUUGGACGAGAUAGAGGAAAGUAAGCUCCUGAAGCGUGGACGACGAGGUCGUAAACCGAAGGCGGCUGCCGAGAUUACCUCGGCUGACUCAACAGCUACUCCGUCAGAGGGUUAUCAUCCGGUCCAGCAAACCAGAUUCAUCGACCAAACCGAGAUGAUCGCUCGACGAAAGGCUCAGCAGGCCGCUGGAGUAUGGUCAGAGGAGGAUAAAGGUUUGCAACACGGCCCUUUCAGUAAAGAUUUCUAUCUAAUUUACAGACUUGUAGCUCAAUUCUUGACGUUGUUGUCUCAAUAUGGAGACGAUUUCAAGCGUAUCGCUGCUUCAAUGCCUAACAAGACAACAAUCCAAGUUAGCGCGUUCUAUAAGUGCAACCAAGCUGAGCUAAACUUGGCCCAUGUAGCUGCAAGCGCCCCGAAGCGGUCUCCUUCACCUGAAGGCACUAGGGAAGGGUGGUCAACAUAUCCAGGAUCGAUGACUCCCAAUUCAAGCGCGGUCGCAACGCCGCCAGAAGGUGCUCAGAUGAGUUAUAAUGGGACAACACUGGAGACGCGCUUUAGAGUUAACCCCAUGGCGCAUUUCCCUGGGGAGAUACCUAACUAUCAGUUUCAUUCGACCACCCCAGAAACGAUGCAAGCUCAGUACCGACAGCCGGAUGCGCACCAUCAUUACUCACAUACCCAGCUUCAGGCAACUCCCAUUCAGCCUACUCCUCAAUACCCUCCUUAUGACUCGCAACCUAUGAUGGCAAUGAGGAUGUCUAUGGGAUACGAUCACAUUGCAAAUCCAUCUCCAUUUGCCCAAUCUGCACCCCUUACAACCACAUUCCCUUCUGCAUUCCCAUACACUAAUCUUUCGCCCUCUCACUUCGCGGGAGGCGGUCGACCACCUCCGAUAUCCGGUAUACGUGGAGGCAUACCACCUCACCAUCCUAAUCCACCACCUACCUACGUUCAUCCCGGUUGGGCACCCCCGGCUAACGAUAUGCAAGUCUAUCGUGGUUGAGAUUUUGAUUUCCUCCCGCUGUCGUGUUAUUCUUGUUUCUAUCAUUGAACUGCUCUUGUCAUACCUAUAAUGUAUGUAUCUUGUACUCGCUUUGUAUUCCUCGCAUAAUAUUUGGGUUUACUUGUGUAUUAUAUUAUUAUGGGACGGAAUGCGAGAUAAUUGUUCCGAGGUAAAUCAG